AUGAAUGAACAUGCCACGACGAAAGGUUUGAUACCUCUACAAGUGUCGAACUUUACAGGAUACUCUUGUUAUUUGAAAUGUCCUUUAUCCUGUGGAUUGUUUAAUCUUUAAGCUACAGAUCAAAAUAAAAUUGGAUAUAUGGAUAAAUUGCAUACUUAACACGAAUGCGCUGUUGCUGGAUUCUUUAAUAAAUAAUUUAAAUCUACGUGAUCUCUCUCGUCAUUGCAUGAGAUGGAUAAUAAACGCAACCUUUGGCCACAAGCUCGCUUCUAAUUUAUUCACUCGACCAACUCUAGUCGCCAGCCAGGCGUUUAAUUUUUAAUUUCAAUUGGUACAAAUUGUCAAAGUGUCCAGGUACUAGGCAAACAGUAGUGUAUUGUCCCUCCUAAAGCUGCGUACUCGCCAGAGCAAAUUUAUUUUGUUGCUCGCUCCCUAAGGAGGGAUUUAUACGUUACCGGUUACGACGGCGAUUCAACGGACGCCCGGUAUAAAAUUGCUCCCACGGAAGAGAACGGUCUGCAGGCCGAGAACGGACCACAAUUAACUCAAGCCAAGAUCCCAGUACUCUCUAGACGUGUCGAAGCCAAAUCUGCCAAAGUCGCGGAAGGAAGCCCGACGUCUGCCGAAGUCCAAAGUUUGUAAGACGAAUACCACGCAGGUACACCACCUUCGGGAUAUUGUGUGCUCUGGCCAAGCUGCCACGAAUGAUUCCGCUGUAUCCCCCCGCAAUUGUACGUAUACAACUGUUAGUCGGCCGACGGUGUAUACGUGUGCCUGUGUUUCUAUGAGUUAGAAUGGCCGCCAUCUCGCACACAAGCACGACAAAGGAAACGACCUUUCAGUUACCUGAAACGUCGUCGCCGUAACAAUUACCACCGCAACCUCUCUAUGUCCUCUCCCUUUCUCUUCGCCACAUCCACUAUUUUCAACCGUGUCACAUCCGCUCUUCUCUCGGUCCACUUCUCUCUCGUGGCUCUUGUUCGAUGCACCCUGUCUCUCUUUCUCUCUCUCUCUCUCUCUCUAUCUCCCUCCCUCCUUCAUCCCUUCUUUCCUACGUCUCUUUAACCAUCUGUCUUUCCGCGUUCCGUUUCUACUAGUUUUGUUCCUUUUUGUUACUUUCUCUCCCGUCUCUCUUUCUAUCUGUCUCCUUCGCAGCCGUUGGGAGCGACACAGGUGGCGCCAGUACUACCAAAAGUAGUAGCAGCAGGAGUUGGCGGCGUGAAGCGACUUGGUCGGGGUGACUGGUGCAAAAUAAACUUUGUUUCGAGCUCCGCUUAAUAUCCCUCCAGCCAUCAAAUACGGUUACGCGAGCGCACCAACGCCCCCGUAUACUCGUCCCCUAGAAAUCCUCUUCUUUGUCCGCCACUUCGGCCACAGCGGAGAGGGAAAACCGCGAACCUGUCUCCUCUCUCAACGUUUCGGCUUCGUUAUGAACACCUUCAAUGACACCUGGGCUGAUACGUUUAGUUCACGUUUACCGAAUUAGACGCGCGAUUCUCUGCUCUCUCUCUUUCUCUAUUCGCCCGGCGAGCAUGCAUCGCUGCGUUUCGUCACGCUCCACAACGUGAACUCUCUAACACGUGGCGCGUAACCGGUCGCCUUGGCCAACCUCUUUCUCGCCUCGCUGCCCGAAACUCGUAUUUUUCCCUCCGAAACUGAUGCUAGGUUCCUAACUUCGGAAUCGCGUGCUCGCCCGAGCAAAUAGUGCCGAGCAACCUUUUAUACGUAACAACAAACAACGAAUUGAGGAAGCUUCGUGCUAUGGUAAUAGGAACUCGACACGCGAGUUCUUCGUGCCAACAUUGAUUCGUAAUUACCAUUGGUUUCUUGAAGAUUUUUGAUGAAUAAAUAAUGCUAAACACUAAACUGAACGGAAUAUUUCAGAAACCAAACUUGUAACUGUAACUGUACUUCAUGAACAUGGCCUGGGAACUAUGAAUGGUAUUCCGUGA